AUGGCGAGCGUGGCGGAGAACAGCUACCAGCGCGGCAUCCCCAGGCGCCUGUCCCUGAGCUUCGUGCACGCGUGGACGUUCACUUACACGCACGUGGUGAACCGCACGGCUGUUAUGAACGAGGACACGCUGCUGGAGCUCGUGAGGAGGAGGCCGAAAGGGACGCCGUUGAUUACUGUCAGCAACCACAUGUCCACGCUCGACGACCCCCUCCUGUGGAACCAGUGGCGCCUGCGCUUCUCCGAUCCGCAUCUGUGCCGCUGGACGCUCACAGCGCGGGACAUCUGCUUCACACACCCCUUCACCGCCUACCUCUUCCGCCUGGCCAAGUGCAUCCCCAUCGAUCGCUAUGGGGGCAUCUACCAGCCCGGCAUGACGGAGGCAGUUCAGCGGCUCAGUGCGGGCGGAUGGCUGCACAUCUUCCCAGAGGGGCGCAUCACCCAGGAGCACGUAGCUCUCGCACGCCUCAAGUGGGGCCUGGCAUCGGUGAUCGACCGCUGCACCUCCCCUGUGCCGCCCAUCAUCCUCUGUGUGGCCCACAGUGGCUUUGAGAAUGUCAUGCCUGAGCCACGUGCGUUUGGGCACAGGGCUAUAGCCCCCUUGUGGGGGCAGCGCAUAGCAGUGGUGGUGGGGGAGCCGUUUCAGUUCAACAUGCCGGCCUUGAGAGCAGCAGCGGCCCACGCUGCUGACCACCCACACGACUCAACCUUCGGGACAGAUGGGUGCUUGCUUGCUACUGCUCAGCUUCUCUGGUUCAUCACUGGCGAGGUGCGGCACAGGCUGCAGCGUGCUGCGGAUGAAGCACACCCAGUGGAGAGGAGCACCACAGGCUGCAAGCAGCAGUUAAUGAAGCACACCCAGCGGUAUGCAGAUGGGUGCUGCUGA